UAUCUGUGGAGGGAGGUAGCGAAUGUGGGACUGUGUAGUUGUUGUGUAAGGUAGUUGUUAGUAAAAUAUGUUAUCUAAAGAACUGCGGACGCAGGCAUCAGAAUUCUUGAAGAGCAGGAAAAAUGCAAACAAUUUAAUUAGUAUCAUAUCAUUACUUGAGUGUUAUGUACUGUUCACAAGUCAGUGGUUUUAUAAUGAACCUGAAGAUUGCUAAAAUGCGAGACGAUGCAAGGAGCGUAAUUCACGGUGGCAAAAUAAAGAUAAGGGAAGUCCAUCAGCAUAACCAGAAAACUACUAAUUCAAUUCUGACUUUUAAACAUCUGAAAGUGUGGUCAAAUGAAGGAAAUGUACAACCCUGUAUUUUAGCGCUAGAAAUGAUAUUUACAGAAGUUUUAAAAAGAAGAGAAAUAUGCAGAGAUUUCACAGCUGCAGCCAAUGAACAUGAAGUAAAUGCUGAAACCAAAUAUCGAGUAUGGCUUCUAGAGUGUUAUGAGGACACUUUCAUGAGACUGCUUUCUAUAAUGUCAAAGCACAAAUCUUCCAUGCAGUUACAAGCCUUGACCACAAUGAUGAAACUACUCAGUUUAGAAGGGAAGUAUCCUGUUGAUUACAGGGAAAAUCAGGAAUACUAUUUUCCAGUUCAGAAGUUGCGUCCAAUUGUACUAGAACUACUAUCUUCUGAAUGCAGUAGAGAGAACCUCAUUGCACGAUUUCAAGAAUUCACUGCUUAUGAAGACGUUUUAUACUAUGUUUGGAAAUUACUGCCAACUAUUGUACUGAACAAGAAACAGCCCAAUGAGACAUUCAUAAAGAAUUUUCUUAGUUUAUUGGACAAAAUUCCAGUACCUAAACAGGGUGUUGGAAAUAAAGACAACUGGGAGUUUGUGCUUUGUGGCAAGGAAGGUGGCCCAGAUUUUGUGCAGAAUACUGAUCAUUUGCAUAAAUGGCUAAAUAGAGUGUGGAGUGCUGUAAUUCGUUGGGAGCAUUCUCCAGCAACUCACCAACAGUUAUUGGUCGUUCUUUUGGAAAGAAUAUUGCCACAUCUUGAUAAGCCACUGUUGCUGACAGAUUAUCUUAUGGAUUCCUUGGACAUGGGUGGAGCUGUCAGUCUGUUGGCAUUACAAGGAAUUUUUAUCCUCAUCAAGAAUCAUAACCUAGAGUAUCCAAACAUCUAUGGCAAACUGUACUCAAUGUUUGAGCCAGAGAUAUUUCAUACAAAAUAUAAGGCUCGCCUUUUCUACUUAUCGGAUAUGUUUCUGAGUUCCACGCAUUUAUCAGAACAUUUAGUGGCAGCAUUUGCAAAACGCUUGGCACGCCUUACGUUAGUGGCACCACCUCAAGAUAUCCACAUUAUUCUGAUGUUCAUUGGCAACUUGGUAUUACGACAUCCUGGCCUCAAGAGACUUUUUAAUCACCCAACAGGUGGUGAAGUAAGCUUAGAUCCAUACAUCAUGGAAGAACGUGACCCUCUCAAGAGUCAGGCUAUUGAGAGCUCACUGUGGGAACUACAUGCAUUGCAGAAUCAUAUUCUACCUAGCAUUGCUACAGCAGCGAAAUUCAUUAACAUGCCAUUACCAUCCGUUGAGUGGGACAUGAGCAAGAUUCUUGAAAAUUCUGCUGAUGAUAUUUUUGAAAAGGAAAUGAAGAAGAAGGUGAAAGAAAUUACACUGACAUUCGACAGACCUCAGUCUUUAACAUUGUCAAGGGGAGAAAGAGUGACACAAUAUUGGACUCUUACAUAAAUGCAUUUAUUUUGUAUUUCAAACCAAUUUCAAAUGUCUACUGUAAUUAUGACUUGUGUAUCUUGCAAUAAAUUUGUCUCCUUCUGUUGUAUACA